AUGGCUAGCCGCCACGUCCUCACCCAACGCCUCAGAUCGGGCGUCAUAUUCUCAGCUCCGGGUAACUUGUUAGCUAUACCCGAGGGAGGCUGGGGUGACGAUACACCCAUAAACCGACCGAAGAAGCCCAAGAGAAAAGUCAAAAACUUUGGCAUCAAUCACUUUUCUCACUGGGUAGCCAAAGUGACGCCUUAUGAUGAGCCAUACGAUAAUGUCGAAAGCUUCAUGCCGGGUAAAGAUACCCGAGGCAUUGGAAAUGAUUACAGGCCCUACUCAGUAUCACCAUACCCAGAACCUGAAGUAGAAAUUGCGUCGGCGACAACGUCUGAGAUGACACUAUGUCUACCAAUGCUCAGCGUUUCUUUGACAGCGACCGUGGAUGGUACAGUCGCUCAUACAGAGCUGGUGCAGAAGUUUCACAAUCCUUCUGACAUUAUCAUCGAAUCUGCGAAACAUGUUUUCCCUCUAUACGAUGGGGCUGUCAUAACAUCCUUUGAAUGUACCAUUGGUGAUGAGCGCCGUGUGAGAGGCGUUGUCAAGCCCAAGGUACAAGCACGAAAGGAGUUUGAAGAAGCAGUCCGCGAUAAAGUGGCAGCUCCCGCUCUGUUGGAAGAGCAUACACCUGAGAUCUUUGAGACGUCUCUGGGGAACAUUCCCGCAGACACAACUGUGGAGAUUAAGAUCACGUACGUUCAGGAGCUCAAGGUCGUCAUGAUGGAGUCAGAAGCGACAGAAGGCAUAGCUCUCACUAUUCCCAUGUCUAUCGCUCCACGCUAUAGUAAAGCGCCAAUUGAGUGGGAGCCUGUAUCGAAGGUAGCAGAGGAUAAGCUUGACCUGUGGAUUCGGGUUAUUGAUAACGGCAAAGUCAACCAUGAAGGUUGUGACGAGGAGUCAGGUCACCUCCUCCAAUUUAAAGGCUCCAAGCCCAUCGAAUACUCUAACGUUCUCGAAAAGGAUGGAUCAACCAAGACCUACUAUGUUUGGCACCAUGUAUCUGGGCCAGCAGUUCUGAGAAAGGACUUUGUGUUUGUCAUUCAAAUGAAGGAAAGCCACCAUAUCAAGUCCAGAGCCAUCGCCUGUCCUCCUGAUGACAAUGGUCUCGCUGCGAUGAUGGUAAACAUUCGACCCAAUGAUCUCUUCCGGAACGCCAUCAUUCCACAAUCAUUCACUGGCGAAAUCCUGUUUCUUCUUGAUCAGUCUGGAUCUAUGGGGUUGUCAAAUGGAUCAUACGGCUAUGGUAGACGCCGCGCCGGAGGACGGAAGAUUGAUGUGAUGCGGGAGGCAAUGCAGCUAGCUCUCUCAGGCAUACCAUCAACAUGUGUCUUCAAUGUUAUCUCCUGGGGUUCGGCAACAAUGGGCCUAUGGGAGACCUCGCGGCCUCAUACUCAGAAGAGCAUCAGAGAAGCCAAAGAUUACGUGUCGCAGGUGGAGGCUGACAUGGGUGGGACAGAUCUCCUUCGAGCGUUGGAAUCUGUGGUGAAGCGGCGGGUGCAGGAUAGAGGAUCCACGCAAAUCAUCAUUCUCACAGAUGGCGAACUGGAACCCGAAGACUCUAUACAGUUUAUAUGGAAGAAGCGCCAGCUGUUCGGGGACAGAAUUCGGUUCUUUGCACUGGGGAUUGGAGACGAAGUGUCUCACCGUCUAGUUGAGAGUAUCGCGGAGUGCGGUGGGGGCUACAGUGAUGUAGUUCAUACUACACAGACACCGAGAUGGCAUGAUCGACUGAACCGUCUCCUGAAGUCGGCUCUGGAACCAAACAGCUGGAGCUGUGAUAUCGAUCUUGGGAGCCAGUUUGAGCGAAAGGACCUCUUCGAUUUCAAGCUCAGAGAGGAAAAUGCGUCGGAGAGUGGGAAGACACCUUACAUCCAAGCGCCCUUUCCAAUCUCGUCUCUGCAUCCUUUCAGCUUCGCCUCUAUCUCUUUCCUGGUCGACCUUCGUCACGGCGGAGUCCUCCCCAAGACUAUUACCAUAAGCACAACGACAGGUGGUGCAAAGAAGAAAACUUACGAGUUACCCAUCGAGGCUUCAUCAGGCAGUGAUGGCACAAUCUACCGGCUUGUGGCCAAAUCAGUUCUACUGGAUCUACAAGAUCAGAUCAAGCGCGGAACAACCGAGACCCAGAUUGCCAAAGAAAAUGCAGAGAAUAUUGGCACCAUGUACUCCAUCACAAGCAAGUGGACAAGCUUCGUGGCUAUCUCGGAAAAUCAGCCUACCCAGACGGUGGAAGAGCAAAAGAUGAAUCACUACAAGGCAUUGUUUGAUGAGAUAGACAUUGACGAGCUUCUCAACAACGUCAGUGAUGACGAGUACUCAUCAUCGGGCUCCUCCAGUAUCAUUAGCUAUGAUGCCCGUCAAAGACCCUUCGGAAUGAAUAAUAUGGGCUCAUCAUUAACAGCCAACUUGCCUCCAGAUUCAGCAAAUUCUUUGAUGACAGGCCGGGUCCUUGAGUCUGCAAGUCGAUUCCCAAUACCAGCUUCCAUGCCAGCGCAGUAUAUGCCACCACCACCACUACCACCACCCGGAAUGAGGCCACAGCCCAAAUUCGCGGGCACCAGUGGUCGAGCAUAUCCUAGAAUGCCGAUUUUGCCCAAGGGUGCUACUCCUCGGGGUUAUGCACAUCCCAUAAUGCAACGCAUGAGCCAUCCUCAGCCCACUCCCGAUCCGAACGCAGAGCCUUCCGUUGGUUCCGCCCCCCUUAUCUCCGGGCAAAGCCUCGCCUACCCUCAAAGUCCUAGCAAUGAGGCCAUGGAGGCACAUUACCAGCCAGACAAGGAUUUGCAAGCCUCCCAGGAAUCUGAUUGGUCUUAUUUGCUGAGUGAUAGGAACGAUCUUGGGGGCAGUAGGUUCGGCAGACCACCCCCAAUACCAGCCCCCGUGUCUAGGGCUGCACCAGCACGGCCACCGACUGGGAUUAGUUUACCACCUCGAUUUAUGGAGGGUAGUCGAGGUGAACAUCGUGAGGUUAGGCAAUGUUCUUUGGAAGAUGAUGAUGAGCCCGAAGCUCCACAUCCAGUGGGAGCUCCUGUUUCUCAGCACGUGAGCGAUCCGGUACAGGUGAAGCCGCAAGGGCCUAAGGAUAUAAUUGCAGCUCGGAGUCUAAGAGCCCGUUCGAAGGAGGUGCCUGGACCGAGACCUUGGGAAGACCAGGACUCUAGUGAUUCGCUCACUCAGGCGACGAGUAUCGACGAUGAUGUCCGCAUACCAACAAGAGAGCGCGUUUUUGGCGACAGUUCCCCGGCAUUUAUUGGCGCGGACUUUCCUCUUUAUCCUAAUGACUCUGAUUGGCGGGAAGCAGAAGCAUCGGCACGUACGCGAGCGGAUACUGAAGACGACAGCCUGUCGGACUCACCGCCACGUAUGGGAAGGCGCGGUAGACGCCGCAAAUGUGCCGAUGGUAUGAGUGAAACACCCAUGGCCGAGGCAAACUCUGGCUCCAGACGUACGGGCAAGGGCAGAACUCGGCAAUUUGACGACUACACUUCCGAGGCCAAGUCAGACGAUGGUGCAACUCAGCUUCCUCACCCUCAUGUUGCCGCUGAAAACACUUCACCUUCUGGACACGCAGAUGGAAACAACCGCGUCCUCGAGUCUGCAGAAUCGACAUCCUCCACGGUGUCCUAUGUACCACCAAUAGUCUUCGGAUGCGCCAGACACGUACCACGCCCCGAGUCUGCUGCCACUCGUGAGAAACUCAGUGAAAAGGUCCAUCAAUUCAAGGAAUCUGCCCAAUCAGGGGUUGCUGAUGAGCCCAUGGUCUCACCUAGCGCCAAUCGUGGAUUCGCCAUACCUGCGGCUAUUAUAAAGCAAGGAGAGCCACAUGCGUCUGAUGAUGAUGACACUGGCAAAAUGACAGAAGGGAUUGAAGGAACAGAAGUGGGAGAGUGCACGCCACAGCCGAAGGACACUGAAGACGUUGUCCCUCCGCAUGGCGUUGUGUACGCACCCACAUACGGCACACGUUCCCGUAACAGAACUGGUACCUCACGAAUUAACUACGCUGAGGACAGUGCCACAGCAGAAGACUCUUCAGUUCAUCACCAUCAUAAACACCAUCCUCUGGCUAGUAUACCGAGACAAUCUACCCUUAGAAAGACAACCCGGAACCCUCUUAGCUUCAGCUCUUACCAAAACGCGCCAUUCAGCCAUUCUUCGCCAAACCCUCCGCCGCCACCUAGUGGCCUUUACCUACCUGGCCCGGCACAGCAAAGCGUCACACAGGAUGAUAUACCUAGUGUUCCUGAGUUUCCUACUUACAGAGCUCCAGCUACCCUGAUUCCCCCGCCUCCACGCCCCAGUGGGGCAAUAAGCGCUACAUACAUUCCUCUUGGCGACACCUACUCUGUGCCUUAUUCUACAGUACCAAUAUCAGGAACAAGUCCCGUGCGAGCAAUGUCAUCCUCUAGAAAAACCUUUGACGUUCCACUUGGAGCUUCUUUAAUGAAUCCGAGUAAAAAGCAGUUCGACUUGGAUCAUGAAGACGGAAGUCGAAGCAGUUUCGAAUCAACAUCACAUCAGCAUGAGUCCCACGGCCCUCUUAAUUGGCUGGUUGCUAUGGAAUGUCAAGAUGGUCAGGGUCUCUUCGAACUGACGGAUCAAGCAAGAGGGACGCUCCGCCUACACUUCUGUCAAGGAACGGACGACAAACUUGGUCCUGAGAUUUUAAAACUUCUCGACAGUUCCUCGGCCCAAGGUCAAGAUUAUGAAGACAUAUCUGCCCGACUUCUUGACACACUGAUGAUGGUUGAAUGCUACAAAACGCACUGCGCACAGGAGGAAGAUAUCUGGGACUUGAUGAUGGAGAGGGCGUGGGACGCGGUGAUAUCGGUCCUUGGACUCUCGGAUGAGGAAGAAACACUGGAAGAAGUGGCAGGUCAAUUGAGGGGAGCCAUGAUGCAUACGCAUUAUGUUGCUGCGACGGGAGUCAAGGACUCGGAGAACGAUGAGAAUAAUGAGGGUACUACGAGGUGCCCAGCCUGUGAUGUGAUAUGGCGGACAAACAGACAAUUCUUUUGCCCUUUUGAUCACGAAUCCGACGGCGUUGAUGAAUUCACGAGCUGGAAUGAGUUUUGGAGACAUCAGGUAAACAAAGGACAUGUCGUUUGUGCUCAGGAAGUUAUCUACCAGUAG